AUGGUCGCGACUGAUCACAAGGGACAGCCAAGCUACUACGAAGGAAUGGAAAAGUACUGGGUUAACCUGGUGGCGAUUGCGAUCCUUUGCCGGGGCAUGUGCAGUCUCUCCAAAUGUAUCACUCCCUACCUGGUGGCCAUGGCGGCGGGCGACCUUCUUGUCGUUCUCACUGAUCCAUUACUGAGAUGGACUGGUCAGAUUUAUUUCCCGUAUUCAUUACUGCGCAUCACUCCCGUGUGCAGUCUCACUGUGGUCCUACUUAGUGCGGCCACGAAUGUCUCUGUUUGGCUGACCGUCGCUUUCACCUUUGAUCGAUUUGUGGCCAUUUGCUGUGAGCAGCGGAAAGCAAAAUAUUGCACCGAGAGAACGGCGGCUCUGGUUGUAGGGACAGUGAGUGUGCUGAGCUGUCUGGUAGCCGCACCUUGGUACUUUAUUCAUAAAGAGCAACGUUUCAUUAAUGGUGUUCCCUGGUACUGCAAACCGAAACUGAGCUUCUACAGUUCAUCCGUCUGGGCCGCAUUUGACAUCGUUGACCGCGUCUUAACGCCUUUCCUUCCCUUCUUCCUGAUCUUGCUUCUCAAUGCACUGACGGUCAGGCGCAUCUUAGAAUCCAGUAGGGUUCGCAAGGGACUCCGGGUCCGCAACAAUGGAGAGAAUGACAUAUAUCCAGAUAUGGAGAACCGAAGGAGGUCCAUCGUUUUACUCUUCAGUCUCAACGGCAGUUUUAUCUUGUUGUGGAUGACGAAAGUUGUGUUCAACAUUUACGUGCGAAUUGCACACAAUAAGCUGUACUUAACUCAACUGCUUGUUAUCACGCAAGAAACAGCAUUCAUGUUGCAGCUUUUCGGUUCCUGCACCAAAACUUGUAUUUAUAUCUUGACACAGAGCAGAUUCAGAGAGGAGCUGAAGAACGCGGUGAGGUACCCAAUGAAAUUAAUUGUUAAAUGCGUCAAACCAAAAUACACCUGA